AUGACUGAAUCUGCUUCUCAAACCCCCCUUUCCUCAUGGGAAACUUAUGCUGCCUCCUGGGAUCUCGGGAUGGGCGAUGAGGGCAACGACUACUUCCAGCACUUGGAGCUACCCAUAUUGGAAAAGUUGAUCAUAAACCCAGAGGGAUCCCUUGCAUUAGAUCUUGCAACAGGCAAUGGCCUCGUUGCCCGCUGGCUUGCUCGGAAGGGUGCCACUGUAGUCGCCACCGACGGCGCGCCAUCAAUGGUUGAACGUGCGAUCGCACGGACGGCAAAACUACGGAGUGAAAGAAAUAUCUCGUUUUACGUGUUAGAUGUAACGAGUUCAUCUUCAUGUGAUCAUUUCGUCUCUCGCAUAGCUCGAACUCUUCCAGUGGGUGACAGUUUCGACAUAGUUUCUAUGAAUAUGGCUGUCAUGGAUAUUCCGGAUCUAGAGAUAUUGGCAUCAUUCUUGGGUCGAAUCUUAACGCCAAAUGGGUGCUUUGUGGCUACACUUCUCCAUCCGAUGUUUUUCACCUCUGGUGCAUCUCGCCAAAUAUUAGUCAAAGAAGAUCCAACGACAGGACAGGAAGUUAUUGUGCGUUCGAUAAAUCUGCAGAAAUAUUUGAAUGCCCCACCUGUGAAACAGCUAGUGUUGCCCGGGGAUGCAAAUAUUGAACGACCGUUUCUAUUCCAUCGUCCCUUGCAUCAGCUUUUUGCACCUUUUUUCCAAGCGGGUCUUGUAAUGGAUGCACUAGAAGAGACCAACUUUGGCGAAAGCUUUUAUGAUCCUUUGCGUCAACAUUCAUCAAGAAAUUUCACUGAAUUCCCAAAGAUUCUCGGGUUUCGAAUGAGACGUGCUCAUUGA